UUGUUUGUUUUUAGGUAUGAUGGAGAGGAAGUUUUCAGUGGUGUCCAAUGCAUUGUACAGAAACAUUAAGCCCUUCAUGGAAGCAGCAUCAGAAGUAGAAGAAUACUUGGCACACACAAGUGGAUUUUCCUGAGAGCUAUAAUGGUGUGAACAGUUUCUAAUAAUGGGAAUGUCAGGUGUCCUGAUGAAAGAUUUCCUGGCAACUGUAGUACAACAGCUGGAGAGAUGCUUGAAGGCUGCUUCUCAAUUGAAGUGAUGAGUUGGAACACUUUGUCAGUGCUGCCUGACAAAUAUGGAUGAUCUGUAACUGGAAGGAAGUGUAACACCUCAAGAGUUUUUGUGGCUUGGAGUGGGAUGCCAUGUUUUUAAAAGCCUGCUGAAACAGCUGCCGCCACUUUGUUUAGACUGUCUCUCCAUAUUUGAAAUAGCACUUUUCCAUGAGCUGCCCUCUGUAGGAAGGAUAGCAGCGAUAUUAGGAAAAUGAAUGUUGAUCUUCAGUAUGUGGAAAAACCACUAAGAGUAUUUGCCCUUUUAAAAUAUCAUAAGGGUAGACAGACUUGCUGAUACUGAAGAUCUGUAAUAACUUAAAACAAUGGAGCUCACCGGUAGGCCCUGUAAAAACAGGGAGAAAGUAAAAUGGGUACACACAUUCAAACCAGUAAGUCUGCUUUUUGAGGGUGGUGUCCUCCAGGAGAUAGGAGGAAGUAGAUGAGGUGAUGGUGGUAUGUAAGCAUAAACGUGAAACGCUUGCGAGAAAGAAAUUCAAGUGUCGUGAGGAAAGCUGUGGUUACACAAAAGGCAAGGUCUAAAGCUUUCAUUGCUGUCUGUAUCUAGUGAGGGAGAGCGGAACUGGGGUUUUGUGGACUGCCACUUUAGCAUGAAAGGACCACAACGGUGGAACUGCCCUUUGAGGAAUACACUGACUAUGUUAACUCCUUGCUGGGUGGGGAAAAGAGGUCAGCAGUGGGAGAAAGCAGUACCCACAUUGGAACUUGGGCUUUCAUCAGUCACUUCAAAACUAAUCGUGCUGUAUCAGAUCGGCACUCUUCCGUGGAGAAGUCGAGGGGUCAUGAAUUGGUCACCAAUUAAAUUGGAUUUUAAAGACAAAUCUUUAUGUAUGUAAGAUGCAAUCUGCCUUAAAGUGUGACUCUCAAACCUAUUUGUCAGGAAUGCUUUAUAAAGGAAGAAACAUGAGAAUGUAGAAAUUGAUAGAGCUAGUUACUGCCUCAUUUCAAAAUGCACCAAAAUACUGAGAAACUACCCUGUAUUCAGCCAAAAGUGACAGCAUUAGAUGCCAGCAGCUCUCUUCCUUUAGAGAGCUGGAGGAAUUCUAUAGCUCAUGGAAUGUGCAUAUUUCUAAAUGACAAAUUCCAUGAAAAGCCCAGUUUUCUGUCUAAGCAGUAUCAUGAAGUGCAAAACACUACCAGUAGCAGUUCCUGAAGCAUUGGGAAUGUCAAAAGUAAGUAUCUAUCUGAUGACUACUAAAAUGCAUGCUAAGGAUCUGACCCAAUCCAGGAGUGCAUUGGCUCACUGAGCAUGUCGUAUGCUUUGGUCAUUGUUAGCAGUAACCAGCUACUUUGGCUAAAGGCUGCUCCUUUUCAGCAAAACUGUGCAAAUCGGUCUGUUGAAUGUAUCAAAAUCUGCGGAAAUUUGCUACAGAGCAGCCUUCCCUUCACUGUUUUCAACAGGAUUUAUUAUUUUUGUUAAUAAAUGUUACUGACAAGGGUAGGUAUUUCCAUGUGUUGUGUUUUGUACAUGCUUGCUCUUGAAUAAAGAUGAGAAUGUGACAAACCUGGCUCUUGCACAUCAGGUCUGUAGUCACACCACAGUGUUCUCUGACAGCUUGUACUUUGCAAGAGCUAUAAAGGCAACAUGGCCUUGUUGCACUGUCUGGUACAGCACGUACUGGCACAUCAUACUCCACAUUGUGCUCGAGUGACUCCUGGACAACAUAAACUCCCUUAGUGAUUAUGUACUUCAGAAGUGGAGAGGGACCAGUCUCCAUACUGUGCCCACUGCAGUUCUGUGAAAAGUCGGGGUGCUGUUGACAGCAUUUAGUGAAGCUGACUGGGUGGUAAGUCAAAAACUUGCCAGCCCUGGCUAGGUCAGUCUCUUCUGGAGGAAAAGAAGAUGCUGAAGACCAGAGAAGUGGGUAAUGCAGCAGCAAUUUGAGUGUAAAGAUAUCUGGAAACAUGGCUACUGAACAUGUUAAUGGGAAUGGUACUGAAGAGCCCAUGGAUACUUCUGCUGCAGUUACCCAUUCUGAGCAUUUCCAGACAUUGCUUGAUGCUGGUUUACCACAGAAAGUUGCUGAAAAACUAGAUGAAAUUUACGUUGCAGGGCUAGUUGCACAUAGUGAUCUAGAUGAAAGAGCUAUUGAAGCUUUAAAGGAAUUUAAUGAAGAAGGUGCAUUGGCAGUGCUUCAGCAGUUUAAAGACAGUGAUCUCUCACAUGUUCAGAACAAAAGUGCCUUUUUAUGUGGAGUCAUGAAGACAUACAG